GAUGGAAGGACAGAUGUCACAACAGGCAUCACAUUUUCGCAACCCAUAUUCGGAAGAAAAUGGACCAGUUCCUGCAGUGCCAAGCAGACUGCCCGUGUUGCAAUAUGGAAACCCUUAUGCGGCCCAGGAAAGAAGAGAUGGAGCAGAUGGUGCUUUUAAUCCUGAUGAGAUCCAGAGGCCACCUGUUAGAACUUCCUUCUGGGAGCUAGAAGAUGAUGUAGUGUGUAGCCAGCCUUCACGCAAUCUUAGCCGGCCUGAUGGUUUAGAAGAUCCUCAGGAUAACAAUGAUGAUGACAACGCUGUACCUUCUGCUCCUGAUCCUCCAAGUCUUCUCUUGCAUGAGCAUGGAACAGGUUUCUGCUUUGAUUCCAGCUUUGACGUGCACAAGAAGUGUCCUCUUUGCGAUGUGAUGUUUCCCCCCAACUACGAUCAGAGCAAGUUUGAGGAGCACGUUGAGAGCCACUGGAAGGUGUGCCCCAUGUGCAGUGAGCAGUUCCCGCCCGACUAUGACCAGCAAGGGUUUGAGAGGCACGUUCAGACACACUUUGAUCAGAACGUAUUAAAUUUUGAUUAAAUCCUUUGGUUUGCAGUGUAGCUUAAAAUAAACCUUUGAGUAGUCCACCCACGGAAUAAAACCAGUGUGGCUUUCCUGUAACCAAGCAAACUUCUGAUAAAUGCUGAUGUACUCUAACGGGAGCCGUGGCACCUUGUGGCUCUAAGCUGCUGUUGGGUUCUCUUCUCUCUCUGCCUAACAUCAUACUAAAAAACCCCACAAAGCCCCCGACCUUGUUGUGUACGUAGCCGUUUA